CAGGAGCCGGCCUGGGCGACUAGUCUUUCAUUCGGCGGAAGUGGUUCUGUACCGAGGCAGGACCGUGCGGCGCGGCUAAGUUGACUGCCACGGACAGGUGAAUGCUUGGUAUCUGAUGAUGACGUUCCAGGCGAGGUACCGAGGGGUGCUCCUCCUACUGGCUGUGGGAGGAACUGCAAUUCUCCAGUCAGCUGCUGCUCCUGAGAAAAGGGACCUGUCAGUUGCAGAGAAGGUUGAAUCCUUUGUCGAACGUCUGGAAGAAUUGAUUGACAGCCAAGAUGACGAAGAUAAAGACAACACCAUGGAUAUGAUGGAAAAGAACGGCAUCCAGACUGAAGAAAUUGGUGAUGAUUCCUGGCUUCCCCAAACACGACAAGCUGGCUGCUCCAGUGGAUACCAGAUGCGUGCCGGUAUCUGCUACAAGGCCUUCAACACGCCAAAGAACUUUCACGAUGCGUCUUCGACAUGUGUGGCUGAUGGAGGGACCCUCGCUAUGCCGAAGGAUGCCGGCACCAAUGCCUUCCUCCUCUACCUGAAAAACGCUGUGCACAGGGCUGGCUUCUUCUGGUUUGGCUUGGUGGAUCAUCACCAGGAGGGAGGCUGGGAGUGGAUAGACGGGACACCCCUACGCUACAGGGCAUGGGGCCCGGGAGAACCGAACAACGCCGGUAACGAGGAUUGCGCUGAGUACUUCCCUGCGGCAUGGAACGAUGCGCCGUGUUCUAGGACUGACAGAAAAUUCAUCUGCCAGAAAGUCCUCGCAGGUUGCCCAAGUGGGUAUGUUUACCAUUACCUUCCUCGUCUGUGCUACAAGGCCUUCAACGAGAAGAGAACAUACGACGGUGCUGUCGCGAAGUGUUCUGCAGACGGGGGAACCCUGGCCAUGCCCCGCGGCCCCAUCAUCAACAAGUUCCUUAUCUACCUGAAGAAUGCCGUGGACAAAACCGGUUGGUUCCGUUUCGGACUGACUGAUCGCCGCCAGGAGGGAGACUGGAGGUGGGCCAAUAACCUUCCUCUGAGCGGCUUCAGGGCAUGGGCUCCAGGACAACCCAACAACUGGAAUAACCAAGACUGUGCCGAGUACUUUCCCGAAAGCAGCGCCAAGUUCAACAGUGUCAAGAACAGAUGGGGCGAUGGACCAUGUACCACUGCUGACAGGAAGUUCAUCUGUCAAGUCUCGCCAGGCUCGAAGUGCCAUUUUCCAUUUACGUACAAAGGAAAAACCUACAAUUCCUGUACCAGAGUCGACCAUAGCCGUCCCUGGUGUUCUUUAACUGCGGUCUACCAGGGCAAAUGGAAAAACUGUGCCGAACCACCCGUGUUACCACCCGUGGUUACGUGUCGGGCGGGCUACCAACCUUUUCGGCAAAACUGCUUCAAGGCCUUUGACCAAAUCAAACCUGACUACACCUGGGCCAUGAAGGCCUGCAUGGCAGAAGGCGGUAGGCUGGCCAUGCCAAAAGACGCCGCCACUAACGCGUUCCUGGUCCGGCUGAAGAAUGCAGUACGAAACAGCGCCGCUUUCUACAUCGGACUGAGUGAUCAAAACGCCGAAGGACAAUGGCGCUUUGCUGACGGAACUGCAAUAGGUUCCUACAACAACUGGAACCCCGGAGAACCAAAUAAUGCAGGGAAUGAGGACUGCGCCACUUUGCUGCCGGGAUAUGGAGGCAAGUGGAACGACUUGCCUUGCUCCAGCGAUCAACGGUACAUCUGCCAAGUUCCACCAAUCCACCGGCCUCAACCACCCGUGGUACCACCCGUGGUACAAGUUACAUGUCGGGCGGGCUACCAACGUUUCCAGCAAAACUGCUUCAAGGCCUUUGACCAAAUAAAACCUGACUACACCUGGGCCAUGAAGGCCUGCAUGGCAGAAGGCGGUAGGCUGGCCAUGCCGAAAGACGCCGCCACUAACGCGUUCCUGGUCCGGCUGAAGAAUGCGGUACGAAACAGCGCCUCUUUCUACAUCGGACUGAGUGAUCAAAACGCCGAAGGACAAUGGCGCUUUGCUGACGGAACUGCAAUAGGUUCCUACAACAACUGGAACCCCGGAGAACCAAAUAAUGCAGGGAAUGAGGACUGCGCCACUUUGCUGCCGGGAUAUGGAGGCAAGUGGAACGACUUGCCUUGCUCCAGCGAUCAACGGUACAUCUGCCAAGUUCCACCAAUCCACCGGCCUCAACCACCCGUGGUACCACCCGUGGUACAAGUUACGUGUCGGGCGGGCUACCAACGUUUCCAGCAAAACUGCUUCAAGGCCUUUGACCAAACAAAACCUGACUACACCUGGGCCAUGAAGGCCUGCAUGGCAGAAGGCGGUAGGCUGGCCAUGCCGAAAGACGCCGCCACUAACGCGUUCCUGGUCCGGCUGAAGAAUGCGGUACGAAACAGCGUCGCUUUCUACAUCGGACUGAGUGAUCAAAACGCCGAAGGACAAUGGCGCUUUGCUGACGGAACUGCAAUAGGUUCCUACAACAACUGGAACCCCGGAGAACCAAAUAAUGCAGGGAAUGAGGACUGCGCUACUUUGCUGCCGGGAUAUGGAGGCAAGUGGAACGACUUGCCUUGCUCCAGCGAUCAACGGUACAUCUGCCAAGUUCCACCAAUCCACCGGCCUCAACCACCCGUGGUACCACCCGUGGUACAAGUUACGUGUCGGGCGGGCUACCAACGUUUCCAGCAAAACUGCUUCAAGGCCUUUGACCAAAUAAAACCUGACUACACCUGGGCCAUGAAGGCCUGCAUGGCAGAAGGCGGUAGGCUGGCCAUGCCGAAGGAUGCCGGCACUCAAGCGUUCCUGAACCAGCUGAAGAAUGCGGUACGAAACAACGCCGAUUUCUACAUCGGACUGAAUGAUCAAAACGCCGAAGGACAAUGGCGCUUUGCUGACGGAACUGCAUUAGGUUCCUACAACAACUGGAACCCCGGGGAACCAAAUAAUUCAGGGAAUGAGGACUGCGUUGCUUUACUGCCGGGAUAUGGAAGCAAGUGGAACGAUAUACCUUGCAACCUCCAUCUACGGUACAUCUGCCAAGUUCCACCAAUCCGGUCUGGCUCGGGGUGCCAUUUUCCAUUUACGUACAAAGGAAAAACCUACAAUUCCUGUACCAGAGUCGACCAUAGCCGUCCCUGGUGUUCUUUAACUGCGGUCUACCAGGGCAAAUGGAAAAACUGUGCCGCAAAGAGGGAGAUGCCUGACACAGGGGAGCCCGAACAACAGGAGCCUGACCCAGAGGAGCUUUACCCAGAGGAGCCCGAACCACAGGAGCCUGAACCAGAAGAGCCUGGCCCACAGGAGCCUGAGGUAGGAGAGGCAAACGAAGUCCUACAGAAGGACAUGUUAGAGGAGGCUCUGGAGAUGCUGGAGAAUGAAGUCCGCGCUGAAGAAGAGAACUUGGACCCAGGAGAGCCUGACCCAGAGGAGCCCGAACCACAGGAGCCCGAACCACAGGAGCCUGACAUAGGGGAGCCCGAACAACAGGAGCCUGAACAAGAGGAGCUUUACCCAGAGGAGCCCGAACCACAGGAGCCUGAACCAGAGGAGCCUGAGCCUGGAGAGGCAAACGAAGUCCGAGAGGAGGACAUGUUGGAGAAGGCUCUGGAGAUGCUCGAGAGUGAAGUCCGCGCUGAAGAAGAGAACUUGGACCCAGGAGAGCCUGACCCAGAGGAGCCCGAACCACAGGAGCCCGAACCACAGGAGCCUGAACCACAGGAGCCUGAACCAGAAGAGCCUGGCCCACAGGAGCCUGAGGUAGGAGAGGCAAACGAAGUCCGAGAGGAGGACAUGUUGGAGAAGGCUCUGGAGAUGCUGGAGAAUGAAGUCCGCGCUGAAGAAGAGAACUUGGAGUACGGCCUGGAAGAGUGACACCUACAUGACCUUCUGCUGUUCCAGCUCAACAGACGUGAACUGUGCAGCAGCAGCUGUGAUGCUGUCAUCUCCAAGCAGAUGUUGGGAGGAACCGUUGUAACUUUUCCUGACUAGCCCGGGAGAGACAGAAAAUGUUACAAUCUUCCUCCCAACAUCUGCUUCAGUUUUAAGAUUUAAUUUUUUAAAUAGAUACUGGUCAUUAAAUGACAGAUUAAGCUCAGAUAGCUACAGGCAAAUAUCUAUCCUAGCACAAUCUAUAACAUCUACUCUGAUAAUACUGCCACUAACCAUAACUGUGCCACCAAAUUAAAAAAAAACACCAAUGAAUUUGAAGAGAUGUCCAG